GUCACCGCCGCCGCGUUCGUAUCAGUCGUCGUCCACACGCCGCCGUCUAACGACCAGUUUUUCCGGACCGGGGGGCGGGGUGGCUCGCGCGUGUUCGUCGACGGACUCGUCAUCCCCCGACCUCGCUGUAUCUCUAUAUAAUAAUAUAUAUUAUUACAUUUAGGCCCGCAAAAUUCCACCUAAAGUGAAGUAAUAGUUACGUUUUUAUAUUCAAUAAUUACGGAGCGUUCGAGUGCGGCGGUCGUGUGUUUUCAGUCUUUCCCGCGGGGGAGUGCUCGUUUUGGACGAGAAGCGAAUUAAAAAAAAAAAAAAAACGAUUGUGUCCGUGUCUUGCGAUCACAAUAACAAUAUUAUUAUCUAUAAUAGUAAUACAUAAACGUUGUAUCAUUACACAAUAAUAUACGUGCACUGGCGGUACCUUCAGUAUGUGUCUAUCGUCCUUAGACGAACGGUUCGCGGUGGCAGCCCAGUUUUGUCCGGGCCGGUAGUCUCGAGCCUCCUUAAGCGUCCAACCUCGUCUCGGCGUACAUGAACGACUAUUUCAAUGGGUCACUAAUCGAUGAUUAGUGAUUACUGAAAAUGGUUCCUGUCCACGAUGACAAUUUUCGCAGAUAAAUUCUCAUCAAAAAUCGUAAAGUAAAGGGAUUGUUGCAAUUGAAGGAGUCGUGUCGUAAUAAAAAUUUAGUGGAAAUGUUUGUUAUAAGAAGUCAUCUACCACAAAUCCUCUAGCAUUUCGGUCAAGUACUUUCAGUUAGGAUCAGCGACUGUUGCAAAUGAUCAACGAAACGUCGGCGGCAGCGAUCGAGCUGGCCGCUGCAGCCGCAAACGGCUGCCAGGUGACCAACGAAAACGGCGCGGGGUCGGGAUCGGCCGCCAUGUUGACCGUGAUCGCGGUGAUCGUGAUCACUACGGCGCUGAUCGUGAUCACCGUGUUCGGCAACAUACUGGUCAUCAUGAGCGUGGUGCAGUACCCGCCGCUCCGGUCCGUGCCCAACAUAUUCAUCGUGUCACUGGCCGUGGCCGACCUGACUGUGGCCAUAGGCGUACUGCCGCUGAACGUCGUUUACAACGUGACGGGCGUGUGGCUGUUCGGUGGCGUCGUGUGCAAGUUGUGGCUGACAUGUGACGUGCUGUGCUGCACCGCGUCAAUACUGAACCUGUGCGCAAUCGCGCUGGACAGGUACCGAGCCAUCACGCAGCCCAUAGCGUACGCGCAGAAGCGCACCGUGUCCCGCGUUAUGUGGACGGUGGCACUGGUGUGGAUCGCCAGUGCGGUCAUCAGCUCGCCGCCGCUCAUCGGCUGGAACGACUGGCCGGACGUGUUCGACGAGCACACGGCGUGCGCGCUCACCACGCACCCCGGUUACGUGGUGUACUCGUCCAUGGGUUCGUUUUACAUACCGCUGGUGGUGAUGAGCAUCACAUAUCUCAGGAUAUACGUGGCCACCAGGCGGCGGCUGAGACGCCGGGCAAAACAGGUGGCCGCGUCGCUGCCGGCCACGGCGGCUGGUUCGUCGUGCAAACGGGACGACGCGGCUACCGGUAGCGGCAAGACGAAGAUGGCGGCGGACGCAGUUACGGGUGACUCGGCCAGCAGCAGCGACGAGGUGGACGCGGCCACCAACGGUACGGGCAGCAGCGGCGACAAGCAGCGGACGGGGCGGAGUGCGCCGAUGGCCGUGCGAGCGGUGCCGUCGAUGGGCAAGCACGUCAACCAGUUGCUGGAGCACAAGCAGCGCAUAUCGCUAUCCAAAGAGCGCAAAGCCGCCAAGACGCUGGGCGUCAUUAUGGGCGUGUUCGUUGUCAGCUGGCUGCCGUUCUUCGUCAUCUACCUGUUCUUCCCGUUCUGCAAGUCGUGCUGUCCGCCGUCCAAAGUGCUCGUCAACGUGGUCACGUGGCUUGGGUACCUCAACUCGACGGUCAACCCGAUCAUAUACACCCGGUGCAAUAUGGACUUCCGUCGGUCGUUCAAGAAGAUCCUGCACAUGGACGAGAAGCACCAGCACAUACAGCACCACCACCGCUGAAUCGAUAGACGGCACCGGUAAAUGGUGUUUGGUGAGGGGAUUGGGGUAGUGACGGUGCCAGCGAAGUUCCGACGAUAUGCUGAUUACGCCCCUUCCCCCCUCAACACUACCGCUACAACCACCUACACCGGAUUUGUGAUGAUAAUAAUAUCGUUCUUAAAUAUUUUGCAGAGUUUUGGCAGGGAGGGGUACCGUGGUUUGAUCGAUCCAUUUCUAUAUAAUAAACAUUGUAUUACACGACGUGUCAUGAUAUAAUAAUAUCUUGUUUUCAGAUGCUAACGUGUGUAAAAUUACGUAUAUGUGGGUCGUGGGUGGAUGUAUGUGGUCGUGUGUGUGUGUGUGUGUGUGUGUGUGUGUGUGCGGGUGUACAUUAUAAUUUUAUUGCUGUAUUUUGUAAUCGAUUUUUAUAAGUUGUUUUGAUCCGUCAUCGUUGUUGUGCGUGAAGACGGAUACACUGUUUUUAGCAUAUCGUUUUGCGGAUGUGGUACGUUUAACCGGGUACACCAAGUAUUACGAUUAUUUUUAACGUGAAUCAUCAAGUCACUUUUAAUUUAGGUAUUUUAAGAUUCCAUUCGACGAAAUAUAAAUGUAGGACAUACUACCUUUCGCUCAAAAAUUGUUUUCCCUAUUCGUCUACGUUCACACGAUCUAGCACUCACUUCAAGAAUUGCGUGCUUGCUUUUGACAAUUUUUACAGUAGGUAGGUACUUUUAAAUUUUUGAUAUGAUAUUUAAAGACGUUUAAAACGAGUGCCGUCAGAAUGCGUAAAGGUUGUAUGAAAUUAAAAUUUGAUUUUUUUGUGUAGAAAUAUGAAAUAGGUAUUGAAUAUUAUAUGUUAAUAUUUUUAUAUUGAACAGACGUGUAAAAAAUGCAAAUCCCUACACUACAGGUAAAAAAAUAUAUACUCCGCUGAAACUUUAAAUUCGGAAUUUCCAAUUUUCACAUGGCUUAUAUACCAAACACAUAUUAUUAUUAUGGUUCGCUCGCGAUGGAAUUUCGAUUUCGGUGGUGGGCUUCGCAGGCCAAUCCCAUAUUAUAAUAUAACCUUUCGGGUACGUUGUAACUUACAAUGUAUAACUUAAAUUGGAUAUUAUGUAUAGUUUUUUCAGUAGAACCCAACUAAGUGUUUUCAAAAAUGUCGAUUGUAGUUACGGGGACGAUAAUGGAAGCUUAGACUUCAUCAUAAAAUAUGGAAAAACAGUGUCUCGUCCCAAAAUAUAUCAAACACUAUAAACAUAUAAUAAUAUUAUGAGCAGUAUGCAUAAAAUAUGUAUAUUAUAAAUAACACUAUAAUUUCACUCGCCUGCAGCGCCAAUUUGAAUAUUGAUGACCUGGAAAAUGAUGCGAAUGCGAUUUAUGCAGAGGUUUGGCAUAUCUAUUUCGAUCUGUGAUGGAAAUCUUACAGUUAAAAUGAUAUAUUGGUGAUACCACUAGACUACCAGAGCAUAACACAUUAUGUUUAAAUUAUUAAUUGGGUUGAGUAGUUUUGAUGAAAAUGGAAUUUUAUCAUGUUAUUAUUUCCUCUGAGGUACAGAAUUAUUAACAUAAUAAUAUAUUCAACGUGAUUGCAAUAAAAAAUAAUAAGGUUUGCACGAAAACAAAUUUUAUAUUUCUCUUCAUACUACAAUACAAUAGAUAAUUGUUUUAUUAAUUUAUUUAUAAUUGUUCAACAAUGAAUACGUACAGUUCUAGGACUACAGUAUUAUAUUUCGUUUUGUUAUAAUAAUGUUUGUUUAUUGUUUACAUUAUUAUUAUACUUAUACAAUAUAAAAAUAAAACGAUGUGCUUAAAAAAUAUUUAUUCAAUAAAAUAUAUUCUAUACACGUUAUGAUUUA